AUGACAAGAGAGAGUUAUAGGAAAAAGAUUGAAGAAGGAAUCAAUAAUGGUGAAAUUAGUACUGGAACAGGGUUGAAUCAAGAGGUGUCUCUUAAUAGACCAGGGAAUACCCGCUGGAAUUUGCAUUAUAAUACUCUAUUGCGUUUGAUUGAGCUAUUCUCAUGUAUUGCCGAAGUGCUUGAAUACAUUGAGAUUGAAGGUGCAGAAGACUUGAAAAGAAGUCAAGCAUGUGGUCUCCUCAAGACUAACGGAAACUUGUCCAUGGUGCUACAAAGAAGAGAUCAAGAUAUUUUAAAUGCUAUGGAUUUGGUAAACUCAACUAAAAGACAGCUUCAAAAGUUUAGAGAUGAUGGUUGGAAUUCUCUCAUGAAUAGAGUUUCUUCUUUUUGUGAGGAACAUGAUAUUGAAAAGGUUGACAUGGAGAAAGAUUUUGUUGACUCAAGAAGACCAAGAAAUAAAAAAACAGGAGUUUCAAAUAUGCAUCACUACAAGGUCAAUUGCCUAUUUGCUGUUUUGGAUUUGCAGCUCCAGGAGUUCAACGAUCGUUUUAAUGAGGUGAACACUGAAUUGCUUAUUUGUGCUUCUUCUUUAUCUCCCAUUGAUUCGUUCACUGAGUUUGACCACUCAAAGUUUAUGAGGUUAUCUAAGUUCUAUCCAGACGAUUUUACUCAUGGGGAGUACAUAUCUCUUGAACAAGAAUUAGAUAUCUACAUUGAUAAUGUUCGAAAUGAUGAAAGAUUUACUCAUUUGAAGUGUCUUGGAGAACUUGCUCGUAUGUUGGUGGAAACUCGAAAAAACAUGUCACAUCCUUUGGUGUAUAGGCUGUUGAAGUUGGUUUUGAUUUUGCAUGUUGCUACUGCAACUGUUGAGAGAUGUUUUUCAGCGAUGAAGAUUGUGAAGAGUCAUCGACGCAAUCGGAUUGGAGAUCAAUUUUUGAAUGAUUGUUUAGUUUGUUUCAUCGAAAAAGUUGUAUUUUUAUCUAUUACAAAUGAAACUGUGAUGAAGAGAUUUCAGGAUAUGAAAACUCGUAGAGUGGUUUUGUAA